AAUUUAUUUCUUCAAAACACCGGUUACUUUGGAGUCUUGGACAGACUUCCCGUUUUCAAUCGGAAGUAGCGCCGUACGCACCUUUCUCCGCCGGUCAACCAAAUUUUCCGAACAGCACUCCGAUCUCUCAGAACCUCCCCUCUCUCUUUCUCUAUAUCCAUGUCUUCGGGGUUUAGGCUUUUGACGACGCCCCUGCUUCUCUGGAGCUUCUUAUCAUUAUCCUUGUUCUCAUCGGCUUCGAUAAUCAAUCAUGCGGCGGGAUCUCGAUUGCUCCUACGUGCCGUCAACAGCGGUGGAGAUCAACCUGAUUUCGCUGUUGAUUUGAACGCCACCAACUUCGAUGCAGUUCUCAAGGAUACACCCGCUACUUUUGCCAUCGUGGAGUUCUUCGCUCACUGGUGUCCAGCUUGCAGAAAUUAUAAGCCUCAAUAUGAAAAGGUUGCUAGGCUUUUCAAUGGAGCCAAUGCUGUUCAUCCAGGGAUUAUAUUAAUGACACGAGUAGACUGUGCCAAUAAGAUAAACACUAAUCUAUGCGAUAAAUUCUCUAUUAGUCACUACCCUACACUAUUCUGGGGCCCACCUUCUAAAUUUGUGGGUGGUAGCUGGAAUGGGAAAGAUGAAAAAAGUAAAAUUGUUUCUAUUGAAGAUGGAAGAACUUCUGAUCGUUUACUCAAAUGGAUUAAUACACAAUUAGGAAGUUCAUAUAAAUUGGAAGAUGAAAAGUAUGAAAAUGAUGAGCUUCUUCAGUCAAAUUUCUCAGACCCUGGACAGAUUGCACGUGCUGUUUAUGAUGUUGAAGAGGCUACUUCUCUUGCUUUUGACAUUAUUCUUGAAAACAAGAUGAUUAAACAAGAAACUCGAGCUACUCUUAUAAAGUUUAUGCAAUUAAUGACAGCUCAUCACCCUUCAAGGAGGUGUCGAAGAGGAAGUGCUGAUAUACUUGUGAAUUUUGACGAUUUAUACCCUUCAAAUAUUUUGUCACCAUCUGAAAAAAACGACACUCAACAUGGUGGUCUUACUAAAUUUGAGAUAUGUGGAAAAGAAGUCCCACGUGGAUAUUGGAUGUUUUGUCGUGGUAGCAAAAAUGGUACAAGAGGAUUCAGUUGUGGUUUAUGGGUUUUGCUACAUUCAUUAUCUGUGAGAGUUGAAAACGAAGAAAGUCAAAUGGCAUUUACGUCAAUUUGCGAUUUUAUACAUAAGUUUUUUGCUUGUGAAGAGUGUAGUCAACACUUCUACAAUAUGUGCUCAAGGGUAAGUACUCCGUUCACGAGCACACGUGAUUUUGUCCUGUGGUUAUGGACAGCACACAAUGAAGUCAACGAGAGACUAAAGUCAACGGAAGCGCUUUAUAAAACGGGUGACCCGAAGUUCCCAAAAGCAAUCUGGCCUUCAAGACACCUCUGCCCGGAAUGCUACACAAGUGCCCGGGAUGGGGAUUGGGAUCGGGAAGAGGUGUACAAGUUUUUGGGCAGGUACUACGGGCAGAUGCUAGUGUCACUUUACAUGGAGAAAGAGAAGAGUCUAUUCGAGCAGGCCCAAAUGAAAAUCCGGGCAGUUUCGGAGGAUUUGAUACAAUCAACAAAUGCGCUUGUGGUGCCUGUGGGGGCCGCUGUGGGGAUUGCGGUUGCCAGCUGUUUGUUUGGGGCGCUUGCGUGCUUUUGGAGGUCACAGCAGAAGAACCGGAAGCCAAGAAGGAACUGGAGCUGAUUCAUUCAUUCAUUGAUUGGUUGAUGGAAGCAAAUGCAAAUGCAAAUGCAAAUGAAUUUACAAGAAUUGAUCAAAAUUGUGGUGUAUGCUUAUGCAUGAGGUCCCAUUCUUACUUCUUUUUGACAUACAUACAUCUAUUCUAUUAUCUAUAAAUAUUUUUAUACAUAUGGAAAUGAAUGUACAGAGAUUUGGUCCGGUUUUUGUAACAUGAUGAAUGACAUU